AUGCUCUGGCAAAACGACAACUCCGACUACGAGUGGAUUCAAACGAAUCUGACCGGCGUCACCAGCUACGACUGGAUUGUCUCGACCCAGCGCAAUCUUGACGAUGGCAAUGUCUUCUUCUUCCAGAUCCGAGACGCGACCGACAUCUAUAACCCGAGCCGACUCUUUGCCAGCCACUACUUCAACAUCACUAAGAAGGAUUCGGACUCUCCAACGGCGUCUGCGUCGACAACAACACAGCUAUCCAGCACGUCCGUCACACCAACGAUCUCACUCACCACCUCAGCCAUCACAACCACCAGCCCGGCAACGAUACCAUCCGACCCAGCAGCAGACUCGUCGUCCACCAACUCAGGUCUCUCUCCGCAAACUAAAGUCGGGAUCGGCGUCGGAGUUGGUCUCGGGUGUACAUUCGUCGUAGCUCUCUCUCUGGUAAUAUGGUACUUCUAUCGGCGGUCAGCCCGACUUCGCAGUCCGCUUUAUGCCCCGGCUGAGGGGGCCUUUUUGAAAGAGAGCCCGCCGAUGUACACCCAGCAUCAGCAAGGACCGCCGGCCGAGGUCGAUGGCGAACCUCGGAGAGCGGAGCGGUUUGAAUUACCUUCAUGA